AGCCUUUUGCUCCUUCCUUUCAUUAAACAAACAGGAGAUCCUGAAACCUGGACCCAGCGCAAGCGGCAGCGCGGGGAGGGGGCGGAGGCGGAGGCGGAGGCAGAGCGCGGGAUGAACGCAGAGGGGGAUCUCUGAUUCCUCGCACCCCCGCCCCACGCGCGUGCUCGCGCGCGCGCACACACAUACACACACCAUACACUCCCGUGCUCGCGCGCGCGCGCACACACACACACACACUCACUCACACAAACACAUUCGUUCACGCCCGCGCCGCACUCUCGCCGCUUGCUCUCCCACGCAGGCGGAAUGCAGCAGAGCCCCGGGAGCGGGAGCGUGUCUCCGGCCACCGCCUGAAUGCACCUCGCUCCCGGGAGCCAGACAGCCCAGUAGGGCGCACGGAGGACGCUCCACCACCAGAGCCUGGACGGUUGUAGACGGUGCAGCUUUGCUACAUGGUGUAAGAAAUGGCUGUAGGAAACAACACUCAGCGAAGUUAUUCCAUCAUCCCGUGUUUUAUAUUUGUUGAGCUUGUCAUCAUGGCCGGGACAGUGCUGCUUGCCUACUACUUCGAAUGCACUGACACUUUUCAGGUGCAUAUCCAAGGAUUCUUCUGUCAGGACGGAGACUUAAUGAAGCCUUACCCGGGGACAGAGGAAGAAAGCUUCAUCACCCCUCUGGUGCUCUAUUGUGUGCUGGCUGCCACCCCAACUGCUAUUAUUUUUAUUGGUGAGAUAUCCAUGUAUUUCAUAAAGUCCACCAGAGAAUCUCUGAUUGCCCAGGAGAAAACAAUUCUAACCGGAGAAUGCUGUUACCUGAACCCCUUACUCCGAAGGAUCAUAAGAUUCGUAGGGGUAUUUGCGUUUGGGCUUUUUGCUACCGACAUUUUUGUAAACGCCGGACAAGUGGUCACUGGGCACCUAACGCCAUACUUCUUGACCGUGUGCAAGCCGAACUACACCAGUACGGACUGCCGAGCCCACCACCAGUUCAUAAACAAUGGGAACAUUUGUACCGGGGACCUGGAAGUGAUCGAAAAGGCUCGGAGAUCCUUUCCCUCCAAACACGCCGCUCUGAGCGUGUACUCGGCCUUGUAUGCCACGAUGUACAUCACAAGCACAAUCAAGACGAAGAGCAGUCGACUGGCCAAGCCAGUGCUAUGCCUCGGGACCCUCUGCAUGGCCUUCCUGACGGGCCUCAACCGGGUCUCAGAGUAUAGGAACCACUGCUCCGAUGUGAUCGCAGGCUUCAUCCUGGGCACUGCCGUAGCCCUGUUUCUGGGAAUGUGUGUGGUCCAUAACUUCAAAGGAACACAAGGAUCUCCUUCCAAACCCAAACCCGAGGAUCCCCGUGGAGUACCCCUCAUGGCUUUCCCAAGGAUAGAGAGCCCUCUGGAAACCUUAAGUGCACAGAAUCACUCUGCCUCCAUGACCGAAGUCACCUGAGACGGCCGAUGUGUCCCAAGCUGUUUUUUUUUUAAAUCACCCUCCGAUUCGAUACUUCAAGACACACAGUUACUCAAUGUCAAACUGUGAAGACAAGUAUUACGUUUAUCUAGUUAGACGCUAAUGUUUUGUACAUUUUUGUAUGAGGAAGUGAUGUAGCUUGCCCUGAUUUUUUUUUUUUUUUUUUGGUCAGCUUUAAUAUAUUUAUGCCAGAAUUUCAAACCAACAAAAUUUUCUUCUUGUUCAAGUGUGCAUUGAAGAACCACAUUUAUCCAAUGAUUGAUGUUGUUUUGUGAUAUUUGUACACAAACCUUCUUUUCUCAGUUUUAUAGACACAGAAAUAAAAUUAAUAUUAACAGUUCACUUUAACCUUUAUUACCACAGUUGCUGCCUCCUCCAGAAUUUUUGAAUAUUAAUGAAAGUUAACUUUUGAGUUGCAGGGAGGACAAUGCUGGUUAAUGGCAAAUCUCAAAAUCAAUUGUACAGAAGGAAAUAUUACUUUCGAAAAGAACUUUGUGUUCUGAUCUCUUGUUAUUGCAUUCUAAGUUAAAGUAAUAUGUUAAUGAAGUCACCUAGUUACACAUACAAUUGGCAGAAAAUCCUGAAUUUGAGGGGUGUUGGGAUUAUAGGAUUCUUUCUUAGACAAUGGUUUCUCCCAUCUAAGAAAUUCAAGAUGAUGCUGAAAUGAUUUCCUUGGGCAGGCAGGUGAUACUUUCCAAACCAGCAGCCAGCACCAGCCUCCCCUGUCAACUCAACAGUUUUGUAUAUCAUAUUGUAUGGACUUUAUAUGAAAAUGAAUAUUUUACAGUUUGCACAGUAUUAUUUUACAGAAAGGGUAUCAGAGCAUCUACAACCCAGAGCCCAGAGCAACGGCUUGACUUUGUGGCUUUUAAUUGUUCUAGAAUUUUAACUGCAUCUCAUUUUUCUAGCAUGGUGAUAACCGAUGUGUAACUCCUUUGAGAGGAGCUCCCUUGUCUGUACCUGUCCAAAUGUUUUCUUGACACUUCCAUGUUGGCUCUUCUUACCUUUUUUUGUACAUAUUUUUUUUCUAAAGAGAAGAAAAAAGUUAUCACAAAAUGUA